AUCACUGACACAUAUCCAAGCUUCCAUUUCCCAAUCUCCACUCCUCAACGUCAAGAUGCUCUCCCGCGCCGCCACCCGUACCACGACCUCUCUGGUCACCAAGCGAGGCUUCCAGACCACCCGCGCUCGCAUGUCCUCGCCUUACCACUACCCUGAGGGCGCCUACAGCAACAUCCCCUUCAACCCCCGCAGCAAGUGGUUCGGCGUUGGCUACUGGACCUUCAUGGCCACCGGUUUCUUCGCUCCCUUCGGCAUUGCUGUCUGGCAGACCUACAAGCCCCAGUAAAUUCGUCGCUCACGAACUGGGUUUGUUGUUUGGUUGAAAGAACGGAAGCCUUGCGGCGGCGGAAUGUGGUGUACAUAACCGAAAUAGACAUCAGUCAUUCUCGACUCUUGAUUCGAAAUUUCAUUUGUCCGACCAGG